AUGCAGGCCGAGCCCCCAACUGAGCGCAAGCCCCGGAAGAGCGUUGCCUUCGAAGACACCGCCAAGAUCGUCGACGAGGAUGGACAAGUCAUCGAGUCGAUCGAGAUGAACGGCGGCAAGAGCAGCGCCGAGUCGCACGCAGCGGGUAGGUUGGUCCCGCUGGAGGGUCAGCGAGCCUACAGAAACGUGAGGAACGCCGUGGCUAACACGCGAGAUGUAGGCGACGACAAAGACGUCGACGAGGUGACGGAUAUGUUCGCCGACCUGGCCAAGAAAAAGAAGAAGAAGAGCAAGCCUAAGGAGGGCGACGAGGGCGCCGAGGCCGACUUUGGGGCCCUCAAAAAGAAGAAGAAGUCCAAGAAGCCCAAGGCCGAGGACGAGGAUGACUUCGAGGCCCAGAUCAAGGCGGCCGCGGGAGGCGAUAAGGCCGAGGCGGAGCCUGAGGCUGGCGAAGACGUCGAGGAGGGCGAUAUGGAGAAAGGCACGGGCAUCUGGACGCACGACUCCCAGAGACCGAUCCCUUACAACAUGCUCCUCAACCGCUUCUUCACCCUGCUCCACUCGCAGCACCCUGACCUCGCAUCAUCAGGGUCGAAGAGCUACAAGAUCCCGCCGCCGCAGUGUCUCCGUGAAGGCAACAAGAAGACCAUCUUCGCCAACAUCUCCGAGAUCUGCAAGCGUAUGAAGCGGACGGACGAGCAUGUUACCCAAUUCCUGUUCGCCGAACUGGGUACUUCCGGUUCCGUUGACGGAUCCCGAAGGCUGGUCAUCAAGGGCCGCUUCCAGCAGAAGCAAAUCGAGAAUGUGUUACGCCGGUAUAUCGUCGAAUAUGUGUCCUGCAAGACGUGUCGCUCCCCCGACUCCGAACUCACCAAGGGCGAAAACCGCUUGUACUUUGUUACGUGCAACAGCUGCGGAUCUCGGCGCAGUGUCUCCGCCAUCAAGACCGGUUUCUCCGCACAGGUCGGCAAGCGGAAGAGGCAGCAGGGUUAG